AUGCUGACUUGGAUUGUGCGGCACAAAGCAUCGCUGGUCCCUACAGCGUUUCGCGAAUCGCUCCAAUUUGACUGCAGUGGAGACCCAACCAAAGACUCAAUUCUGGCCGCGCUGUCUUCCGCACCAGACAAUCCCCCGCUGGACUUUCGCGCUGUACAGGCACAACACUUUCUCUCUUGGAUUCUAUCAAUGAAGAACAAAGACGGAGGAUAUCAUUCAUUUUCAACGUAUGCUGGCCAUCGCUCAGCACUAUACAAUCUUUUUCGUGAUUAUCACUAUACCAUGUCAACUCAGCUAGAACGUGAGUUGAGCUGCCAUUUCAAGGGUCUUCAGCAUCGAAUAGCAAGUGCUAUUGGCAGUGGAGAUGGUCCUAUCAAAGUUGGAAAGGAUCCAAUGACAUUCGGUCUAUAUCGUAGUGUUGCCAUGGAAAUGAUGAGGUCGACCUCGCGGGAGAUGGUAUUUGCGCGAGCGUUUCUUGUACUAUCAUGGAAUUUGAUGUCUCGUUCUGCCAACACUGUAUCGCUUUGCUACAACCACAUGGAGUGGGGAGAGGACGCACUUAAAGUCUUCUUUGCGCAUAUGAAAAACGACCAGCGUGGCACACGCCCUCGAGAUCCCCGGCACAUCUACGCAAACCCACUGAUGCCUGAAGUUUGCCCAAUUCUCGCGCUAGGACUGUACUGGAUGGUGUACGGCGUUGAUUCAAACGCGAAUCAAGUAUUUCCAGGCAACGACCAAUACGACCGCUUCCGGAAGACACUUCGACGAGCACUAGAGACUCCUGGCCUGGCAAACGAGUUGGAGCGCGUUGGCGUACGGUGUGAUGACAUUGGUACUCAUUCUAUGAGGAAAGGUGCUGCAACCUAUUGCUCUUCGGGCUCAACAGCAUGUCCACCAGCAAUAGCAGUGCACCUAAGGGCUGGAUGGGCUCUUGGUGGUGUCCAAGACCGAUAUUUACGACACGAUUCGGCUGGCGAUAUGUUUGUUGGCCGCACAGUUUCUGGCUUGCCGAUACUAAAAGCUGACUUUGCAACUCUUCCACCCAGAUUUAAAGGUGGGCGAGAUCAAGUUGAGGUGGCUAAACGAAUUUGUUUUCGUGGUUUACCCCGGAACGUCACUCUAAUCGCCGAAUAUGCUCUAGCUUCUAUUAUAUAUCACUACGCGUACUUGAAAGAGCACCUUCCUGAAGAACACCCGCUUUUUCAAGCACCACUGAUGCGAAACGAGCAGAGAAUUCAAGAUCUGAGGACGUUUGUCGUGUGUGGCGAGACCAGCAGUGAAGAGACCGUCACCGCCACUGGUAUUCCACCGCACGUCGUUUUACUAUCGGAAAUUCAAUUCUUAAAAAACACGGUCGAGUUACAGCGCUUGGAGCAGAAGAAUGUAGCUCGGGAAGUUAUUGAUGGUGUCCGCUUAGUUUUAGAAGAAGCAGCAGAUCAGCGGGGUACGCCGAGCUGCUCACGAAUCGCAACUACAGUGCUAGACUGUCUUAAAGAGGGCGGAUACCUGCAUCAACAUCCUGAUCCACAAGAACAAGCUGAACCCGAAGCGGUCACUGACAGUACUCACUCGACCAACGCUACAUUCCCGUUACACACCUGGGGCGGAGGUUUUCAUGCGUUCCCGGAGGGUAUGACCCUUCCUGAAGGAACCGCUGAGCAAGCCUGGGUCUUUUGUGUUGUGGAGAUCCAUCACGAUCUCUUCCUCCUUAUCGGCGACUGA